AUGGCGGAUUCAGUUCUUCAAUCUCCAAAGAACCCACAUUUCUUCCAAGCUCUACUUCCCGGAUUCGACUCCUACCUCAAUAUUCCUGUAACCUUCUUUUUGAAGCACCUCCAAGGAAUAAACAAACAGGAGACGGCGAAAUUGAGAACGGACGUUUCAGAUACAGUCUGGGAAUUGAAAAUUGAAGAUGGCCGGAGACUCAAUGGUUGGAAAGAAUUUGUCACAGCACAUGAUCUUCGUAUUGGUGAUGUCAUUGUUUUCAGACACGAAGGAGAUUUUGUGUUUCAUGUCACUGCAUUGGGACUCAAUUGCUGUGAGACUGAAUAUAGUACUUCAUCUCAUAGCAUUGAUGAUGAUUGUGAUAAUCAUCAGGAUAACAUUGGUAAAUUUUCUAUCUUUUUCUGUGAGGUGUACUCAAAAAUGUGA